AUGCCACGGGCUUGCAUCGGCAUGGAUGGCGUCCCCUGCUGCUUCUCCACUUCGUCUGCCGGCCGACCUGCGCAGCCCAGCCCGGGCCACCUGCAAUGCCUCUUCUGCGGCGAUCUGGCCCGCCUGGAGGACGUUCUGAACGGUCCGGGAGGCAAGCCCUUGGUUUUGCGGAUGCUGUGUGCUUUGCGCUCCAUGAACGAAGAAACCUACGAGAAGGCCAUGGCACGCUUGCUGGAGGUGACGCCGGAGCUGUCUGAGCUCGAUUCACUGGUUUCGGAGCAAGUUGCUGAAGUCCCGCCUCGCAAAGCCAAGAAGACGAAGUCCGCGGCCGGCGUCCUCAAGAUACGACGGGUGAGCGGCAUCUCCGCCGCGGGGAAAAUCUUGGUCCAGGAUGCAGAUCUCUACGACGAGGUCGAGGUUGGCGAUACGGAUACCAUGCUCCUAGAAGUCCUGCAAGGCUUCUUCCGGGCCCAAGGUGCAGAUCAAGAGCUCCGUAAUUGGAGGAUCAAGGCUUUGGUGUCGGGCAUAUGUAUUGACGUGAAUGCGGAGUCCACGCCUGCGAUGCUCUGUUCGGAAGUGGUACUCUGCAAGAAGGGCGGCUGA